AGGUUCAGAUAAGGGAGUGACUGGCUGGGGAAUAUUGCAGCCACAUCCCUUUCAGUGGAGAGUGCUCCCUGUUGUGCUUAUUAUGAAGACAACAGGCUACAGAUCGCACCUGCCCCAGGCUUUGUAUUGGCAGGUGGAAACAGCUCUCUUUGUAUUCCUCUGGAGCCCACAGUAAGGUGCAGCUAGAUCAGCUCCCAACAGUGCCAGAAGGGGAUCUCAGCUGGAGCAAAUAGUUUGCGAGACUCUUGAUUUUACAUGAAACUUUCACCUUCUUGGAUGAUAACUUUGGAGCUGCCUCUGUGUUACUGCCAGACGAUGAGAGAGGAGAAACCAGCUGGACCAGCCUGUCUGGGAGUUUCACUGUGAUUUUAAUAAUGAUUUUAUGGCUUUUCCCCAGAAAGGAUUAAACUUCUAGUUUGAGGCCAGCUAUUAACAUAUCAUUUGCCUUUUAAUUCAAAUUUGCAUCCAGCAUAAACCCCAUUCCUGUCCCUUUCGAGUUGCUGCUCGCUUGGUGGAUCUCACCCUACUUUGUGCAGUUGUGGUGGAGCUGCUGGCCGGCUGGGUGGAAGGUGGAGAGGUGGCUUGGCUGGAUUUUAGGGCUUGUACAGUCAUGAAUCUCUUGGUCAGAUCCACAUUCCUGUCCUGACACAAUCACAGGACCCCGAGGCUUGGAGGGAACAUGGAAUUCCAGGAGAACUGAAGAGGGCUUGACUUGGUCCUCCCAGUGAGUGCUGGGGGCAGCUGCUUGCCUGGUUGACUGAGGAGUGGUUUUACCUUGAGACCAGUUGUGAACUGCUAGUCAGACUGGACACAUCCCAGAGCUUCAAUCACAGCAAACCCCUCUGCAGGUAAUUACCACCAAAGCUUCACCCCUGCCUACAAGUUCCCUUGGAAUAUCUAAACUUGCUCCCCUUUUUUUUAUUUUCCUGCUUUUCUUUUUAUUAUUCGCUACCCCUAUUUGGCUUUGGCAAAAUUCAGCAGCUGGGGGGGGGGGCGUAUUCCCCACUUCUUGUGCCUCCCACAAAUAACAACAGGAGCUGGGUUUUUAAUUGGACUGAAAUUCAGGGGGGAGAGAGAGCUGAACCGUCGGUGGAGUUUAAUCCCCCUGAAUUUAACGUCAGUUCUGGGGACCUGGGAGUCAUAACUCUUGUGGACAGAUCUCCAGCUCUUUUCCAAUGCUAUAAAUAAGAAUUAGUACACACGAGGAGCAGGAUGAGAAUAUGGCAGUCCUCUUGUUACCACCGGGUCCUGACAGCUUCCGCCGGUUCACCCCCGAGUCCCUGGCUGCAAUCGAAAAGCGAAUCACAGAGGAACAGGCCAGGGCGGCUAAACAGAAAAACAGAGAGGAGGAAAAUAAUGAGAAGCCGAGGCCGCACCCUGACCUGGAAGCAGGCAAACAGCUCCCCCGCAUCUACGGGGACUUUCCUAAACAGCUCAUUGGACAGCCCUUGGAGGAUAUCGAUCCAUUCUACAGAAACCAUAAGACCUUUAUAGUUCUAAAUAAAGGAAAGACAAUCUUCAGAUUUAGUGCCACACCUGCUUUGUAUAUAAUAAGCCCUUUCAAUCCCAUCCGAAGAGCUUCAAUCAAAAUUUUGGUACAUUCAUUGUUCAGUAUGUUUAUAAUGUGCACUAUUCUCACAAACUGCGUGUUUAUGGCCAUGUCUGACUCCGGAACAUGGUUGAAGUAUGUUGAGUACACUUUCACUGGCAUUUAUACUUUUGAAUCAAUGAUAAAAAUACUGGCACGGGGAUUCUGCUUGAAGCCAUUCACGUUUCUGCGAGACCCAUGGAACUGGCUGGAUUUCAGUGUUAUCGUUAUGGCAUAUGCAACUGAGUUUGUGGACCUGGGCAAUGUUUCCGCUUUGAGAACGUUCAGAGUACUUCGAGCAUUGAAAACAAUCUCGGUCAUUCCAGGUCUGAAGACCAUUGUAGGUGCCCUUAUUCAGUCAGUACGGAAACUUGCGGAUGUGAUGAUCCUCACGGUUUUCUGCCUGAGUGUCUUCGCCCUGAUAGGGCUACAGCUGUUUAUGGGUCACUUGAAACAAAAGUGUGUGAGAGAUCUGGAUUAUUUCAAUGCGACCCAGAUGGGGUUGCUGGACUGGAGUAACGAAUCAAUGUGGUCAUCAUAUGAAGAUUUCAUCACCGACCCUGCAAACAUCUACCACAAGGACGGUGCCAAGGAUGCCUUACUGUGUGGGAACAGCAGUGAUGCCGGGAAGUGCCCUGAUGGGUUUAUUUGCAUGAAGACCGGGAAAAACCCAAAUUAUGGCUACACCAGUUUUGAUACCUUCGGCUGGGCAUUUCUUUCUCUGUUCCGUCUCAUGACCCAGGACUAUUGGGAAAACUUAUAUCAACAGACUCUCCGAGCAGCGGGGAAGACAUACAUGAUCUUUUUCGUCUUCGUCAUCUUUUUGGGCUCUUUUUACCUUGUCAACUUGAUCCUGGCUGUAGUGGCUAUGGCUUAUGAAGAACAGAACCAAGCCACCAUUGCCGAAGCAGAAGCAAAAGAGAAGGAAUUCCAACAAGCCAUGGAACAAAUAAAGAAAGAACAAGAGGCAUUAGCCAACAAGGGACCAGAUGUUGCAUCCCACAGUUCCUGCGAAAUGUCACCAUUUAGCUCUAAAAGUGCCAAAGAGAGGAGAAACAGGAGGAAGAAAAAGAAAUCCUCUGAAACCGAAGAGUAUGGAGAAGAUAUGAAACUCCCCAGGGGCGAGUCGGACGAGGAGAGUCUCCGCAAGACGUCCCUCCUUGGAAUUGGUUUUGGCGCUGGUUCUGGCAAACGCAGGAUAAGUCAAGGGAGUAUCUUUAAUUUUCGAUUCCGCAACCGAGACCUUUACUCUGAGACGGAGUUUGCAGAUGAUGAAGUCAGCAAUGCCAGUGACGGUCACCGCGGAUCCCUGCUGGCCCCCCGCACAGGCCGGCGGCAAAGCACUCAGAGUCAGACGAGCCCUCUUACGCAGGGUUUCACCCAAAAUGGAAAAAGAAACAGCUCUGUGGAUUGCAAUGGGGUGGUGUCAUUGGUUGGAGGAACUGGGACAUUUUCUAACCCUACGUCACCCGGUGGAUUACAAUUACCAGCUGUUGUGGAAAAAUCAUCAGCUGAAGAAAAUGCAUCACCUACUGAGCUGGAACUGAGCAGAAUGCGGCUGCUGAUGCCCCAGGCCCUGUCGGUGGAAUAUAUGGAUCAGCCUUUCCAGAGACAGAGAGCCGUCAGCACCGUUAGCGUCCUCACUAACGCUCUGGAAGAGCUUGAGGAAUCCCGGCAGAAGUGCCCUCCAUGUUGGAACCAUUUUGCCCAGAGUUACCUUAUCUGGGAUUGUUGCUCGCUCUGGGUAGACAUUAGGAAUGGGGUGAAAUUUGUGGUGAUGGACCCAUUCAUUGACUUGACCAUUACGAUUUGCAUUGUCCUCAACACACUGUUUAUGGCGCUGGAACACUACAAGAUGACGUCAGAGUUUGAGAACAUGCUCUCUGUUGGAAACUAUGUUUUCACUGGCAUAUUUACAGCUGAAAUGAUUUUCAAGAUCAUUGCCUUAGAUCCAUACUAUUAUUUCCAGCAGGGCUGGAAUAUAUUCGAUAGCAUCAUUGUUUGCUUAAGUUUAAUGGAAUUGUGCCUCGCCAGCAUGGGAAAUCUGUCCGUCCUUCGCUCCUUCAGAUUGCUUCGAGUCUUCAAAUUGGCCAAGUCUUGGCCAACGUUAAACACUCUCAUCAAAAUCAUCGGAAAUUCAGUUGGAGCCCUUGGAAAUCUAACCCUUGUCUUGGCAAUCAUCGUCUUUAUCUUUGCCGUGGUUGGAGUGCAGCUUUUUGGCCAGAAUUAUAUGAGAUGUGUCUGUAAGAUCAGCGAUGAUUGCCAGCUCCCUCGUUGGCACAUGAAUGACUUCUUCCACUCCUUUCUUAUUGUUUUCCGUGUUCUCUGCGGAGAAUGGAUAGAGACCAUGUGGGAUUGCAUGGAGGUCGCUGAGCAACCCUUGUGUAUUCUUGUCUUCAUGCUGGUCAUGGUCAUUGGAAAUCUUGUGGUGCUAAACCUUUUCCUGGCGUUACUGCUGAGCUCAUUCAGCGCAGACAACCUAUCAGCCCCAGACGAGGACGGGGAGAUGAACAACCUGCAGAUAGCCAUUGCACGCAUCCAUCGAGGAAUUGGUUUUGUCAAACAAUCCAUAGUGGACUUCUUUUGUAACUUAUUCACCAAGCCCGACAAAUCGGCGCAGGCCUUUAAAUCCAACCUUUCGACCAUAAACCAGAACAACAUCAAUCUGAACAAUCACAUUAACACGUCCAACACCCACAAGGAGGAUUUCCGGGAAGGGAACAGUACCAACGGGGGCAUUUCCAAAAACGGGGAAAAGUACGUGGUCAGCGAGAGUGACGACUACAUGACCAAUCCUCGUCUGUCUGUCUGUGUGCCCAUCGCCUUGGGGGAGUCCGACGUUGAGUUUCACGAGGAAGAUGAACAGAGCAUUUUCACCGAUGUCGAGAUCAGUAAAGAGAAGCAGGAUGACAGUAUAUCGGAGUGCAGCACAGUGGACCUGAGAAAAUCCAGGGAGCUGAUUGAGCAACUUCCAGAAUCGGCAGAGGAAUUAGCGGAUCCGGAAGAUUGCUUCACCGAGGGCUGCUUGCGUUAUUGUUCAUGCUGCAGGAUAGAUGUCACCAAAGGCGUUGGUAAGAUUUGGUGGAAACUGAGGAAGACCUGCUUCAGAAUCGUGGAACACAAUUGGUUUGAGACAUUCAUCAUCUUCAUGAUCCUGCUGAGCAGUGGAGCCCUGGCAUUUGAAGAUAUCUACAUCGACCAAAAGAAAGUCAUCAAAACCAUCCUUGAAUACGCUGACAAGGUGUUCACCUAUGUCUUUGUCCUUGAAAUGCUUCUGAAAUGGGUGGCUUACGGCUUUAAAAAGUACUUUACCAAUGCCUGGUGUUGGCUGGACUUCUUCAUUGUUGACGUGUCAUUAAUAAGCCUGAUAGCUACCCCCCUUGGAUUAUCUGAACUUGGUCCUAUGAAAUCUCUUAGGACCCUCAGAGCUCUGAGACCAUUAAGAGCCUUAUCACGGUUUGAAGGGAUGAGGGUGGUAGUAAAUGCCUUGAUCGGGGCCAUCCCAUCCAUCAUGAAUGUGCUGCUGGUGUGUCUCAUUUUCUGGCUAAUUUUUAGCAUCAUGGGGGUCAAUUUAUUUGCUGGAAAGUUUGGGAAAUGCGUCAAUGCCACAACCAAAGAGCAGCUGUUCCAUCUCAUUGUCGACAGCAAAGAAAUGUGCGAUAAUAUAAGUAAUUCAGAAGCUUACUGGACAAAAACAAAGGUCAACUUUGAUAACGUGGGGGCUGGAUAUCUGGCACUUCUACAGGUGGCAACGUUUAAAGGAUGGAUGGAUAUAAUGUACGCCGCUGUCGACUCACGGGAGAUUGAACAGCAGCCGAUUUAUGAAAUAAAUAAGUACAUGUAUCUGUAUUUCGUGAUCUUCAUCAUCUUCGGAUCUUUCUUCACCUUGAACCUUUUCAUUGGUGUCAUCAUUGACAAUUUUAACCAACAGAAGAAGAAGUUUGGUGGGCAGGACAUUUUUAUGACAGAGGAACAAAAAAAAUACUACAACGCAAUGAAGAAGUUGGGAUCUAAAAAACCUCAGAAACCUAUCCCCAGGCCACUGAACAAAUUCCAAGGCCUUGUGUUUGACUUUGUGACAAAGCAAGUGUUUGACAUCAUCAUCAUGAUCAUGAUUUGCCUUAACAUGGUCACUAUGAUGGUGGAGACAGAUGAUCAAAGCAAAGAGAUUGAGACUCUACUGUACAAAAUCAACCUGGCGUUCGUGGUUAUCUUCUCCGGCGAAUGUAUCCUCAAGAUCCUUGCUCUCAGGUACUACUUCUUCACCAUCGGCUGGAAUAUCUUUGACUUUGUGGUGGUUAUACUUUCGAUUGUUGGGAUCGUACUUUCGGAUAUUAUUGAAAAAUAUUUUGUAUCACCGACACUGUUCAGAGUAAUACGUUUGGCGCGGAUUGGUCGUGUACUGAGACUUAUUAGAGGAGCCAAGGGAAUAAGAACCCUUCUGUUUGCCUUAAUGAUGUCACUUCCUGCCCUCUUUAAUAUUGGCCUCUUACUCUUUCUUGUCAUGUUCAUCUAUGCCAUUUUUGGGAUGUCUAACUUUGCCUACGUGAAGAUGGAAGGGGGGAUCGAUGAUAUGUUUAACUUUCAAACCUUUGGAAACAGCAUGAUCUGCUUGUUUCAGAUCACCACCUCUGCUGGUUGGGAUGGCCUUCUAAACCCCAUAUUGAAUAGUGGACCACCUGAUUGUGAGCCGAAUAUUGCCAACCCUGGUAGCCCUGUUGUCGGGAAUUGUGGAAACCCCUCUGUGGGGAUUUGCUUUUUUGUCAGUUACAUUAUCAUAUCGUUUCUAAUAGUUGUAAAUAUGUACAUUGCUAUUAUCCUGGAAAACUUCAGCGUCGCGACUGAAGAAAGUUCAGAACCAUUGAGUGAAGAUGACUUUGAGAUGUUUUAUGAGGUCUGGGAAAAGUUUGACCCGGAAGCCACGCAAUUCAUUUCUUACUCCGUCCUUUCCAACUUUGCGGAUACCCUUUCUGAGCCGCUGCGCAUAGCCAAGCCAAAUAGGAUUAAACUUAUUGGGAUGGAUCUUCCCAUGGUCAGUGGAGAUAGGAUCCAUUGCUUGGAUAUACUGUUUGCUUUUACCAAAAGGGUUCUUGGGGAAUCAGGUGAGAUGGAUGCUCUUAAAAUCCAAAUGGAGGAGAAAUUCAUGGCCGCCAACCCAUCAAAAAUUUCUUACGAACCCAUCACCACCACUAUAAAGCGGAAACAGGAGGAGGUGUCUGCUUGCGUGAUCCAAAGAGCCUACAGGAGGCACUUGCUGUAUCGUUCCAUGAAACAGGCCUCAUUCCUAUAUCGUCACAAGUCAUGUGAUGUCAACAUCAUUGAUGAAGAGGCCCCGGAAAAAGAGGGCCUCAUUGCUUACAUGAUGAGUGAGAAUUACGGGCAGCAGCUGGAUAAAGUAGAAUCCUUAUCCUCUACUUCUUUCCCCCCUUCCUAUGACAGUGUCACCAGGGCGGCCAGUGACAAUAGCCCUUUAAAAUUGGAAGACUCCACAAACGAUGAUUUCACAGAUUGUAAAAUAUAUGCCGAUAGGGAUAAGGAAUCGUUUGUAUAAUCAUUGUUUUGAAAUGCUUUCCGAUAUUGUUUACAGAAUUAUAUGAUGUAAAGUGCACAACAGUUCUGCCAGCCUCCAUAUUAAAUUUAAUGGCGAGUAAAAAAAAAGUGAAGUCGAAAGUACUUUUCCCCGCUGGACUACCGGGAGCCAGUUCUUCCCAGUGGGGGAUGGGCUGUGAAUGUGUAAGCUGACGUGUAAGGUUGACGCAAACGCCUGACUGUAUACAUUCAUUUAUGGUCUUAUACUAGUGUGUUUAGUAAAGGUAAACAGCGACCUUGCAUUCUAAAUUAAAUCCAAAUAUCACAAGCUGCUGUAGCAAAAAGUAUACACUUACUGUAUAUGUCUUGAAUGGUCUUUCAUAAAUUUAUAUUUGAUAUUUUUUUUUACAUAAGAAAAUAAUGUUUCUCCUUUUUUUCCAUGGAAGGGGAGGGGGGUGGAUCCUCGCGGAACGAUCCGCCGUUCUAAACGCUCGAAUAACGUUAAAUGAAAAAUGAAAAAAACAAUAAUGAGAACUGUUGGAUCUUGCUGCUGAAAAUUGUUUCGAAAUAUUUGAAUUGUUUAUUACCAACUGAACAUGUAAUUGCUUGGCAUGAGUAAUGCAAAUAAAGCUUUUAAAAA